CCCGGGUCUCUAGAGGAGCCCAGGAAGGAGGCUCGGCUAGUGCGGCCGGGCCAGGGGCUACCGGGACCGGGCUGCGGCAGUCGUUAGCGGGUCAUGUCGGCCGCCCAGGGCUGGGACAGGAACCGCCGGAGGGGAGGAGGCGCCGCGGGAAGUAGUGGUGGCGGCGGAGGUAGCGGGGCCGGCGGGGGCAGUGGGGGCAGCGGGGGUCGGGGGACUGGCCAGCUCAACCGCUUCGUGCAACUCUCCGGACGGCCGCACCUACCAGGUAAGAAGAAAAUACGAUGGGACCCAGUUAGGAGGCGCUUCAUUCAGUCCUGUCCCAUCAUAAGGAUCCCUAACAGGUUUUUGAGAGGCCACAGACCGCCACCAGCACGAAGUGGACACCGCUGUGUGGCAGAUAACACCAAUCUGUACGUGUUCGGAGGUUAUAACCCAGAUUAUGAUGAGUCAGGAGGGCCCGACAACGAAGACUAUCCGCUCUUCAGGGAGCUCUGGCGGUACCAUUUUGCUACAGGAGUAUGGCACCAGAUGGGCACAGAUGGGUACAUGCCCCGGGAACUGGCAUCCAUGUCACUCGUGCUGCACGGAAACAACCUGCUAGUGUUCGGAGGCACAGGCAUCCCCUUCGGCGAGAGCAACGGCAACGACGUGCACGUCUGCAACGUGAAGUACAAGCGGUGGGCCCUGCUCAGCUGCCGCGGGAAGAAGCCCAGCCGCAUAUACGGACAGGCCAUGGCUAUCAUCAACGGCUCCCUCUAUGUCUUCGGAGGGACAACCGGGUACAUUUACAGCACAGACCUGCACAAAUUAGAUCUGAACACCAGGGAGUGGACACAGCUGAAACCAAACAACCUCUCCUGUGAUCUGCCAGAAGAGAGAUACAGACAUGAAAUUGCACAUGAUGGGCAGAGAAUUUACAUCUUGGGAGGUGGUACUUCCUGGACAGCUUACUCCUUAAACAAGAUCCAUGCAUACAACCUUGAAACAAAUGCGUGGGAGGAAAUUGCAACAAAACCCCAUGAAAAAAUAGGUUUUCCUGCAGCCCGGAGAUGUCACAGUUGUGUUCAAAUAAAAAAUGAUGUGUUUAUUUGUGGGGGCUACAAUGGAGAAGUGAUCCUGGGGGAUAUCUGGAAAUUGAAUCUGCAGACUUUUCAAUGGGUGAAGCUCCCAGCUACCAUGCCAGAACCCGUUUAUUUUCACUGCGCAGCUGUUACUCCGGCUGGCUGCAUGUACAUCCACGGAGGAGUGGUGAACAUCCACGAGAACAAACGGACAGGCUCCCUGUUUAAGAUCUGGCUGGUGGUGCCCAGCCUGCUGGAACUGGCCUGGGAGAGGCUGCUCGCAGCCUUCCCUAACCUGGCCAGCCUCUCCCGAACACAGCUUCUGCACCUCGGACUCACACAGGGACUCAUCGAGCGCUUGAAAUGAGGAUUUCUGGACUGUUCAUUGAUACUGGAAAUGUUAAUUUAAAGAGACUCCUUUAUUUAUGGGCAGUGUAGAAUGUGCUACAAAGAGGAUUGGUUACCCUGAUCAAGGCCUUAUUCAGAAAAUACAUCAGAUGCCUUUCUGUACAUUGGUUUUAAGUUUAUGGAAUCUCACUUUCCCUUGUGCUCCUUUCUUUGGUUCUCUCCCUCCCGCCCCAGUGCACACACUCAUACACACACUCACACACUGUACUCCCUCUUCCUUGAUGGGGCUGAGGGAGAGUCUGAAAAUACCUAAUGAUGUUAUGAAUUAAGAUAAGAAUUUUUUAGACGAACUUUCAACGUACGACCAUGUCAGCCAGGCUCUAUAAAUUACAGCAACAUCAUCAAUGAAAACAAAGAUAAAAUUAAAAAAAUUAAAAUCUUGCAACAGCAGCAAGAUGUUUGGGGGGGCUAGAACAAGAAGGCUAACCUUGAGAAUCUCGCAGGCUGCAUGGAAAGCUAGAUGUUUGACUUACUGUUUUCCAAGAUACAUCUGAGGAGCUGGUUCUAAUGGUAGCAGUGGUUGACAUCUUGCUGCAGAGAUACCCAAACCUCGUUUUUUGACUUUGGGGGAAAUUUAAGCAGCUCAGCAGCUCUUGGUUAGCGAUAUCUUUUCUCAUCCUUAUGGUGCCAGCAAUGCUUAGAGUUGACAAUGGCUUUGUCAAAAAACUUAUGUGUGUGUCGUAGUUGUGCUGUUUGUUGUUGCUCUUAGAAAUUAUGACACCAAGCUCGUUUCAAAUCAAGAAACUUAUGGUGGCCAAAGUUCUUUGUUUGCGCGGUUUUGAAAUUCUAUGCUUAUUAAUGGUUUCAAGUAUCUCUUUGACUUCUUACUUCUUCAUGGGGAAUCGCAGACCCAAAAUAUGCGGCACAAACGCUGUGUGAUGUACAUGUGAGCCCGUGAGAGGCCAGAGAAGAGCCGGGCAGGGGCUUCGCUCUGGGCUGUGGGCUUUGACCGUCACACUGACCGUUUCCUUUUAGAGCUUGUUUCUUCUCUAACUCUGGGCCAUGCACCUGCCGUUUUCGUAGGCAGUGGGGUGUAUCUCUAGAAAGCCAGUUGGCCCUUGAUUUUUCUUGUAGCUUAUUGCUUCCUUUCUGUCUGCUUUAAUGUGCACGGUGCUGUAAUUGUCUAGUAAAUUGGAUCAAAGGUCUUAGGAGAAAAAACACAGGUCAUCCUUCCCAAAGAGCUAAGCAUCAUUUUAAAAACUUGCAUGAGGAAGGAAUGGAAUCAAGGAUCAUUCACUUUUCAGUUGAAAUUCUAGCUCUGGUUUGUUUUGUGUUGACUUUUAAUUCUGAAGAAGAAAUGACCUAAAUUUUCCCUCGCUUUGCCAUCAGGCUGCGGGAGUAGUUCAGCAGGUCAGUGAGAGGUGAGCACGCGGCAGGCCUCAGGUGCAUGGCAGGUGCUAAAGGCACGCGGUGCUGAUCAUCCCGUUGCUAACCUCACAGCAGGAGACUCAGAUGGGAGAUGUGGGACUCAUUUUUCCUUUAAGUGCCUCUUUUUCACUUAGCUUUUAAAGUUUUUCUUUUUCCUUCAUCCCAGAAGGGAUAUCUUUAGCUCAUGUGUGGAUUUAAAAUCACCUUUGAGUCAUGGCUAAAAAGUUCCCAUCUAAUGUUCAGUUCUGGGGUAGAGAAAAGUGUGGCCUCUAGACUUGAACUCCUGACUUGGCCUUGUUAUAACAUCCCAUCCAUGUUGGGUUGAGUUCAUGGAGCCUGCAUCUGGCAAGGUCUUGCACUAACCAUUCAUCUGUGAAUGUGGGUCCCUCCGUGGGGAGUGAGGGCUGUGGAGGAGAGGCAGGAGGAGGAGGAACUCCUCUAGAGGCCCUACCCCCAUCUUGCCACACCCAGUCUGUUUGGCACCGAACUCACCACCCGCUGCUGGGCUUGUUCCGAUGAGGAGUUCUGUCCAGAGCAAGUCAGUCUGAGCAGCCCCGUGAGGUCUAACCAGGCUCUGCUGCCUGGCUCCAGCCUGGUCUCUGGAGCACCGGGGGAGAUACGGCCAGAAUGAAACAAGUCAUGCUGUCUAGGGUGAUGAAAGGC